AUGCGAGCGUACUUCUGGGGGAAGGCCAGGGUGAAAACUGCCGUGGACUGCGAGGAUGCCUCGCUCUUUUUUGGUGUGCCAGCUGUUCCCACCGCCGGCGAACCGUACAAUGCGAUGUGUGGAGGCUCUGAUUCCGUGAAGACGUUUUCCAGCAAAUCUGACAUGGUGAAGGCCGGUUGGGUCUUCAGCUGGGACGACAGCAGCCUGUGGGAUGCCAGCGCGACGUACAGCAGCGCGUAUCGUGGAUCCUCUGCCUCGGGUGACGGGAUGGUUUCUCUCCAGUUGCAAGGUCAUGGCACGGUGGUGCUGACAUAUGGAAGCGACUCGUCGGGAACGGUGAAGGUUUUUAUGAACGGCCAGGAGAAAGGCAGUGCCUCUGCCAACACCGUUUCGCAGAAGGUUGAGCUGGUUUUCAACACAGGAGACAUUCUGCAGGUGCAAGAGACCGGAUCCAUCAUCCUGAUCCAAUCCGUCGACUUCGUUUGCGACAUCACGUCCCCAACAACUCCGGUUUGGUCGUACCACGAAGCAGUGCCCUCCAGCAGCCUGCCAUAUGAGAUGGGCUAUCAGGCCGACCUGAACCUCAAUUCGGCUUCCUACACCGUCAUGAUGUGGUUGAAGCAAGGGGUCAGUGAGCCCAGCGAUGCUAUCAUCAUCGGGCAGCACAUCGGAACCUCCACCACCACAACCUUUACGACUGUAACCGUCACCGAGACGACCGUCACUGUCUCCUCCACCACCACAACGCAGACCACAACGACAGACCUUUGCCAAUGGUACGCAUACACGGACUUGUAUUCGAGUGGCUAUGCUGGUGGCGUUACCGAUGCAUUCGACCUCCACUCUGCCAAAGAGAAAUGCAUCGAGCUGGGAGAUUCGGCCUGCAAGGCUGUGACAUGCACAAGUGGCGGCGCUUGCACCGUCCGAGCUGCAGUCAAGCUGGCUGCAAGCGCAUAUGGAGAGACAUCGUACGUGCCAAGCUCCAUGUGCUACCUCGGAGGCUACCGUAAUUUGGUGGGGUUGACGAGGUCGGGUGUGCCUUGUACAGACGCAGCCACAGGGAGUGGCUUCAUCAUGUACUCAGCACAAGACGUUCGAUCACGCUUCAGUCAAACAUCUCUCCCAUCUGACAUGGCAGACCACCUCAUCUGCGUAAAAUACUCCAGUGGCACUGGCUGGAUGUAUGAUGAUGAUGCAGGAAACGAUGUUGGCUUCGUCGCUCGGGACACUGACGUACUCAUUGCUUCCGUAGACUUCGCGGCGGACACCGUUACCAGCCUUGUUGGCACUGAUGAGUACUAUGCCCACCUCACCAAAGGGUACAACAGUGGUGAUUUGGUGUUUGUGGCCGGAAAAUACGGCACCAGCAGCACAAGUGAUGCUGGAGAGGUGUAUGUCUCGGGGACGUACUUCAUCGUGCCGUCAGUUGACACGGUUUCGUACCCGGAUGUGCUGGCAACGGCAGCAAGUGCACCGAGCCAGUUCACCAGCACCGACAAUGCAGUCGACUAUUACCAACACCAGACAAGCAGCGUCAGUGAAGUGCACAUGAAGAUCACAAAUUACUACACAGGUUCCAACAGCGACAACUGGAAGGUGUUUGAUGGUUCCUAUACAAGUGCCGUAAAAGUGCAGGAGCCAGACCUGCUUUGGGAAGGAGAAGGCUUGCAGUCGCGCGUGCAUUCGGUUACGCUGUACACCACAACCAGCGGCAAUGACUACACAGCCUACUUCCAGACAUCGGACUUGUCUUCCGGCAGUUGGUCUUCAGGUGACAUCCAGAAUGCAACCGCCGACUGGGUCCAGCAAAGUUCCUACUGGAAAUGGACAAUCCCCAUCAAGGCAGAGACGAUGAAGCUCGAAGUCCGUCUUCGUGGUUCUGGCCUGACCUUUGCAGACAGCCCGGACGGCUCCCAGCAUGCCAGCCGCUCCUUUCAGCUGAGCGGGUUUGAGGUCAACUUGCGCAGCACUGUCACUACCACGGUCACUGCAACCACGACCACAACACACACUGAAACCGCUACAACGACUUCAUCCUCAGUGACCACAUCCACGAUCACGGUCACCACAACGACUCUCACCUCUUUUCCAUCUGUCGGUUUCGACAGCCAUGCAGACCUAAAGUGCGCAAGCACGGGCGAGAGUUCCUCGGGCCUUACGGAUGCAACAGAGGAUCAAUGCAAGCUUGCGUGCUGGAGUUCUUCCACCUGCAUUGGCUUUAACUACGCUGCCGCUGGUGGUGGGGCAGACAAUUGCAAGCUGUUGGCUUCUCUUAGCAACCUCGCCGCUGAGACAGGCACCACUUGCUACUUGCGCAUGGCAACUGGUAUGUGUCCCUACCAGUUCCAGUUCGCCUACUAUGCAAACAGUGCCUAUUGCUGCAAGACCAACAAGGAGAAGGAUGAUGGUUCUGGUGCAAGCUGUGACGGAAGCGCCCUGCAUGCUGGCAAUACAGAAGGGGACAAUUUCAUUGUCUGCCCGAAUCCUCCGUGCUCCUUGGAUGGAUUGGUUCUGUGA